AAAAAAAUCUAACAAAAAUUUCAAUUUUCUCAAUUUGCAAAAAAUAACAUAUUAAAAAAAUUUACAAUUACAAAAAAAAAAAAAAUAAUCUCUUAAUAUUACAUUUGCUUUUUGAAACAACCCAUGGAACGCAAAUCACGCUCGAGACCUCAUGAGGAAAUGAGUGAAGAUUUUAAUCUGUGGAAAGACAUUUGCACUUCAUUACUGAGAUUAGAAGGAAUACAAAAAGAGGAAGAGGCCAUUAUCAAUACUAUCAAUAAGAUACAAUUGUCUAUCAAUACAGAAAAAGGCAUACCUAGUAUGAUUCGUCAAAAGCUGAAAGAGAGCUAUAAGCGUGGCAUAGAAUUAUCCAUGAAUGAAUCAAAAAUGAUUCGAGAUAUCAUUGAGAAACUUUCUGUACUCAUUGCCCUGAGAGACAGUGGUGAACAAGAUUUGCAAAAGAAAAAGAAGCGAAAAACGACACUUGAUACUGAUACAACAUCAAGCAAUGGUAUCGGUAAUAAGUCAAUGACGAAUCACAGCCCACGUUAUUUUCCCAAAGGAACUACGGUGGCUGCGAGACAAACCAAGGAAAAGGAUAAAGGCGAAGAAUGGAUCUUGGCAGUAGUGAUACAGUUUAUUCCUGAAAAGAACAAAUAUCAAGUGGAAGACGUAGAUCAAGAUGAUUAUGGACAGAAGCAGCGCUAUGUUUUGUCUCCUCGUUAUGUUCUCCCUGUACCCACAUCAGAAGAAGCGAAAUCGUUGCCAGAAAUACCGGUGCAUCGUGAUGUUUUAGCCCUUUAUCCAGGAACCACAUGUUUUUAUAAAGCCGUUGUCAUUGCACCACCCAGUAAGAACAAAGAAAUCAAGAAUUACAGAGUACAAUUUGACGACGACAACGAUGAAGUAAAAUAUGUGAUGCCUGAGCAUGUAUUGGAAAUGCCCAAGCUAUGAACGCAGGUCGUUUAUUCCUUUACUAUUUAUUUAUCUCACAUUUUAGUAAUAAUUAUUCACUACUACUACUACUACUACUACUACUACUACUAUUACUACUACUACUACUACAGCUAUUAUCUAUCUAUGCUAUUUUUAUUACAACUUAUAUAACGAUUCUAGGAUUAUAAUGCUUUCAGGCUCUUCAAAUAACAUGGUCUACUAAUUGAUUUGCUACCCCUAAAAGCAGUAAAUCCCCAUUUUCAAUUCAUUGUCAUUUUCUUUUUUUUAAAAAUGAUCAUGCUAACGAGCAAUAGUAGGAUUUCAUUUUUGUGAGUUUGAACGAGCAUUGAAACACGAAUAAAAACGAUUGGCUCUUCUUUAAGCUUAUGAACAUGUUGUCAUCAUGUAAAAUUGAAUUUACAAUAAUGAAAGCCUUUUUUUUCA